GGGACAUGGUUCAGACGGGCGGACAUGACAGUCCACUGAUGACAGCGGACCUCAGUAACGCCGUGGAGAAGACUUUCUUCUCUGACGGCUCGGACUCAGACUGUGGGUUUGAGUCUGUGUACGGCGACGAGGACGACAAGGUGGUGACAGCGGUGGACACGGACGACAAGGAGAUGUCUAUGCCUUCGCCUCGGGGAGGGAGAGAUAAUCCUCUGGCGACGUCCGAUUCGGAUGUGUGGCCUGAUUCGGACGUGGAGGCAAAGUCUGUGAUGAUUCGGUCAAGAGGGGCUGGUACGAGGAAUAUAAACUCGAAGAGUAAUGUGGAAAGCUCAAAGUCGAGUGGUGCUGUCAUCUCGUCGACAUCCCUUGGCUUGUUGAAUGCCGAAGUUGGGUCCAUGCAGAGCCGUCCUUACAAGGCUGAUGCGACGGCGGCCCACAACGACAAGAACCCCUCCAUCUCGUCAAUAACGACCGAUGCAACCUGCUCAUCAGUCUUAAGCGCACUCCAUGCAGAAGUUGCAUCUGUCCGAUCCAUAGCUGCUCCCCUCAUUUUCACGCAGGCCUCCUCCGUCAUAAUUUCUAGGCGUGGAAGUUUCGAGUCUAUGGCUAUCGCACCCGUUUCUUUAUCCUUGCCCACACGUCCCCUAGGUCACGAUGCAGCGGUGGCCUCGGGAUCGUCCACGACACACCCCAUUGCCCUAUCUCACUCGUUGUUGUGGUCGCCUCCAAGCCCGUUUAGCUGUGAAUUCUCAUCCGCCAUUGCCUCCUGCAACGUCGGCCCCGACAUUGACGGAGAGACGUUCGAUAACUGGCGCUCGUCGUACUAUAGCACCGGAUUUCCGCCCAAUUUCGAGGUUCAUUCGGCGGCGUUCAAGGAGUUUGCGGAGAAGACGAAUAGGGCGUGGACUGCGGGGGCUAGUGGGAUUGUGAGGCGACCGAGGACGAGAAAAGGGAAGAAGGGGGUGAGGAGGUCUGGCAAUGGUGGUGGUAGCGGUAGAAGAGGUGGUGGUGGUGGUAAGGAAAAGAGGAGUGGCUCGAGGUUGAGGAGUGCGUGGUAUGAAUGAUUUUUUUUUCUUUUUGUUGGGCCCGUGUCUGUGUAAUCUCUCUACCUGGAUUUUCUCGUUCGUUUGUGUGUUCGUUCGCUGGUCUGCUUUUUGAUGCUAUCUUUAUGUGAUUU